GGCCCGGUCCGGACGUGAGCGGAGCGUUGGCGGGCGGCGCGCGGGCGGCCGUGGCGCUCGGAUUCCAAAUGAAAAUGUUUGAAAACGUAGACUCUCCUGCAGCCCCAAGAUCUGGCAGGGAUCUCUGGGCGGAGAUCUGCUCCUGUCUGCCGGACCCCGCUCAGGACGAUGAGGCCGCCAAUGCCUUCUCUGACUCCUUUGUGGAUUCCUGCCCUACAGGCGAAGAAUGGAGGCAGACGUCAGGCUUUGAAGCCCAGCCAGCCGUAAAGCCCUGGGCUCCCUUGCAGGAUUCAGAAGUGUAUUUAGCAUCUCUAGAGAAGAAAUUGAGAAGAAUCAAAGGCUUGAAUGAAGAAGUGACUUCCAAAGACAUGCUUCGAACCUUGGCCCAAGCCAAGAAGGAGUGCUGGGAUCGGUUCCUCCAGGAGAAGCUAGCAUCGGAAUUCUUUGUGGAUGGACUUGAUUCUGAUGAGAGCACCUUGGAACACUUCAAGAGGUGGCUGCAGCCAGAUAAAGUGGCCAUCAGCACCGAGGAGGUGCAGUACCUGAUCCCUCCCGAGCCUCAGGUGGAGAAGCCAGCCACCAUCGAAGACAGGCCAGCAGCGGCAGAGCAGUAAAUCACUCACGCAGCCCGGCCGGCGCAGCCCUCUGGGGUCCAGAGGGAAGCGAGGAGAAUUUGGUGGUGGCAACAGCCACAGCAAAGAGAAAUCCCAGGAGGGAACGAGCUCAAACUCCCCCCCCACAAAGCAAACAGCCGCCCCUUCUCUAAGGACUUGCUCGGGGCUGGCAUGGGCGCUGUCUCGAUGGACGGACGGGCCCAGCGCCUCUCUCUGUGCUCCCGCUCGCCUGCCUGGGCAGGGGAUGGAGGGGUGCCGGGGAUCCGACCGACACCAGGGCGGAUGGUGCCCGCAGACCCAGAGGCCUGGACCUAAGUUAAAGGAGCCAGAUCCUCUCCUUGCCUCCUCUGGGUGCUCAGGCCUCCGUCCCAGGCCUGUCCUCUCCAAGUCCGUCGUGAGUGGGGCCGUGGGAAGCGAAAUGAGCCCCCCCGAGCCCAGCCCGCGCACAGAUCUCUGCCAGACGCGCAGUGAGAAGAAGAGCUCUCGGGAGCUGGGGUCUUCCCAUGUCUGUUUUGUUCCCUGAGGAGAAAAUGAGCGAAAGAAGUGUGAAGAUGUAGGUGUUUGAAUCUCUGUAGAUAUUUUUGCUUUCGUGCAUGGCUUCACCCCCUUCCCCCUCCCCCUACCUUCCCCCUGUACCACAUUAGACUUGUAACUAUGGUUCCGUGUUUGACACUCCUGGCCGGUGCCACCGAUCUUUCCUGGCUACAGCUGUACUUUCUUCUUGUUUAUUGCAUUCUUGCUCAAAUAAACAUUUAAAGUGCA